AUGACAGACUUUGUCGACCGCGUUUUCAUUAAGAGCCACAAGGCCAUGGCCGCCGCCUCCAACACCGUGGGAAAUGCCUACUCUACCCUCAAGGACUCCACUUCUGAGGUUUCUGGCUGGGCUGUCCAAACCAUCAAGAAAAACUCUUCUCGUUUGAAGACACCUGCACCGCCACCACCGCCUCCAGAAUCGUUUUAUGAGCGUGCCAUUGAAAAGGUCAAAGCGCAUAAAUUCAUGGCAAUCACGACAGGCCUUAUUGGGUUCAGUGCUGCUGCUUAUUUACUUCAAACUCAGUAUCAGAUUCUAGGCAAACCUAGAAAGCGGUCUAGAAGAGCAAACAGACUUGGAAAUGGUGCCAGAUAUGAGGUUGUGCUGAUAGUGGGAUCGCCCUCUUCUCCUUUCAUCCAGCGUUUGAUUCGUGAUCUAAAUACAAGGGGUUUUAUCGUGUACGUCACCACCACCUCUGAGGAGGAACUCAAGGUGAUUGAGAACGAAGACAGUUCGGACGUGAGAUCUUUGGCUAUCAACUACGAAAGCAAUAAGACUGUCAAAGAGUCGAUAAAACGAUUUUACAAUAUCCUGAUUUCGCCUGUUUUACCCUUUCCAGGUGCCGCUAAUGAGCAUUAUCUCAAUCUCAAGGGCGUUAUCAUAGCUCCUGAUUGGACGAGACUACCCCGGGUUUCACAUUUUGAGCAGCUCAACAUGAUGGAACUAAAGCGGGUUUUGGAUGAUAAGUGUCUGGGGAUAGUGGGAAUUUUGAAUAACGGACUUUUGGACGUUAUCAGAGAGAACAACGAACGGGCUAGCAUGGUUGAAGAAGUCAAUGGAAUUUUGAAUGCCAACGGAAGCGGUACGAAAGUUCUGUUUCUGGAUGUGGUUCCCUCUUCUAGUCAUGGAAACGACAACGGGAGUGUCCAGAGACUGGCUUUGCAGAUGAACGACCAGCUAUUCAAGCUGCUGAGAGACUCGUGUUUCCCACGGAGCUGGUUCUCUAAUGCAUGGAGUGGGCUGAACGGUUCGUGGGCAGUUCUUGGGCUUUCGAAACUGACUGCAAAAUAUAGUUUCUCCUCCAAGGAUGACGUCAACGAGUCCAAGAUCGUCCCUCGUGACUCAGGUUAUUCAUACAUCAUGCACAAUGUUGAGGAUUUUGCUUCCAAUCUUGGUGCUUCUUGGACUCUGGCUGCUCCGGCUAAGAAUAAGAAGAUUUGUAGCUCCAAGCUUCAUCAUAAGGUUUUCGAUAUGCUGUGCUCUAGCAAAUGGGCGUUAUUUCCUGAAGAGACAAUUUUUAUUUGA